AUGGCGCUGACAGCCGCGACCGUGACAUAUUGGCGCGGCCGUGGACGCUGUGAGCCGUUGCGAGUCGUGCUCGCCUGCGGAGGUGUGCGAUUUGUCGGCAACUACCUUGAGAAGAAGGCGGAUAUGGAUGCCCUAAAGGCCUCCGGCAAGCUGGAGUACGACCAGGUGCCGCUCGUUGAGGCAGACGGGCUCAAUCUCGUGCAGGGUACUCCGACCGCGGUUUACCUGGCGCAGGGCUGUGGCCUGUGGCCCGAAAUGCCAAAGGAGCAGUACAUUUGCGGGCACAUCCUCGCAGCGACGCAGGACGCCCGUGGCCCGCUCGUGAGCUUCCCGUUCCACCUCGACGAGCAGCGCUGCCUCGAGGAGCUUCAGUCGCCGAAAGGGCUGCUCGGCCGCUUCGCGCCUCGGUGGGAGGCGCUGCUGGGCGAGGGGAAGCCUUACUUUCUGGGCGCGACCCCGUCGCUGGCCGACUGUGCCGUGCUCGACUUUGUGCGCCACGUCUAUGGCGAGGAGAGACUUAAGGCGCUCUUUGGCGCGUUCCCGCUGCUUCUCGCGCACCACGACCGCGUGCUUGGCUUGGGGCACAUGAGGGAGUGGCGCGACGUGGGGAGGAAGGAGGCGGGCUGGGCGCAGGGAGGCGCGGAGCCGAGGGCUCAGCACCGCGAUUGCCGCACCACUGCCGCGUUGGCUCGUUAG